AUACGGGGAGUCCUCUACCUGGCGCGUCUCGCUUCGGGGCUUAACGACCAGAGUUGAGCCAGAACUCCACGUUAACCAGGGCCAUUCAUUCCCCGACCGUUUGUUGUGUUGGUAUGUGUUUAUGUGGUGGCUUUGAUUCUAAUGUUAAAAUAUCUUGUGAAACGUCCUGGAUAAUAAAGGAAGUUCUACCAGCUGCUUGAAGCGUUUAGACCACACAAAAAGAGAAAGAUGUCUGUCAUCUGCCAGAACUUUGUCCAGAAUACUUGGAAGAAAGACCUCUGCUCCAACUGUUUCAAGUCUUUAGCUGAUCACGUUGAAGAACUCACCAACAAUCAGAAAAACCACGUCUUUUCUCACUUAAGGCUAAAUGACACCCCCAGAUAUAUUUCUCAGGCAACUACAGUUUAUCAGUCCAGGUGUUUACUUAAACCUACCACUUGGAAAACAUCUUUAACUGAACGCAGAGAUUUAGACAGUCCAAAACCGUUUAAAUUAGAAAAUGGUUAUAAUGGUAAACAUCUAAGAAUUACUUCUACCUCAGAAGAAGUCAAUGCUAGUACGAUUUCAGAUAGAAACAUAUCUCUGAAAAAUAGUCACAUCAAUGAUUACUUGAAUGGCCACUGCAGUACGGAAUUACUAAAUAAACAAAUGUCUGGGAUUUUGCGUACUCCAGGAAAGAAGAAUGAGUCAGGUGGAAAGUCGGGUGUUGCUUUUCUAGACGGUCCAGAAGUGAUAGGUUACGGAGGAAACGAUUUUGUUUCUGAUGAUGAAUGGGAAACUUCUUCUGAUGAAGGAGAUAUAAACUUAGAAUUUUUCGACGUUACAGAAGAAGACAAAGCUAUAACUAAAAUUACCAAGGAAAAUACUACAUUUAAUGCCAACUAUGCCAAUCUCCGCUGUAAAGAACCCGUGAAAACACCAACUACUUCCGUGUUGAAUGGACUCGUGAAUGGCACAAACGGAUACAGUGAAGAACAUUUGGAAGUGUCCCAGACUGAUAAAAAUAUCUCUGCCUCAUCGACCCAGUGUGAGAGGCCAACAGACAAAAAUAGCUCACACUCUUCCAAACAGCCUUAUGGGACGGUUCCCCAGCGUCGACGAGAUCCGCCACUAAGAGCAUCAGUAAAGCCAUUCUUUCGCGAGGUGCCUUGGAGCAGUACAGAGAACCAUGAUAGAAUACAGCCAGUGGCACCACUACAAAAGCAGUUCGAAUCUAAUACAAACAUGAGUGAAGAGAAAAAGCUAAUUAAAACUGUUUCUGAAUCAAAGAUGUGUGAUUUUGGUCUAAUCACAUCGAACUUGAAUGAGGACGAAGACAUCUUAAAAGAAAAGAAGAUUAAUUCAGAGAAGGAUGAGGCCCCAGUUGUUUCAACAACAGAAGAUCAAAAUGUUUUAGAUACAAGUAAAGAAAACAGUCAAGAGCUCAACGAUACCCAUUCAUGUUCCAGUUUGUCAAGUGAAGUCUCUCAGUCUUCAACAUCCACUGGCACAUGUGUGUCUAUAGAUAAAUCAAAUACCAGCGAAUGUUUGUUAGCAGACGCAGAUACGGAUGGUAUUUUUUCAAAUAUAAACGAUCAUUGUGAAUCAGGAAACACUGAAUCCAUCGACAGAGAUUUGAUAGGAAAACAAGAUUUAUGUGAAAGGAACUCGGAUCCGACAAAGGUGGACAUAUCGACAUCUGAGUCAUCAUUUCUUGAUAUAAAUACAACCGAAAACAAAAAUUCUGAAAUUACACAAACUUCCACAUGUACACCUGAUAUCGAUCUAUUUGAGUCCAAUAAAAGUCCAUCAUCGGAGAAAAUAUCAGAGGUAAAAUUUCCUUCUGAAAUAUCCAAGGAUAUACAAGAACAGUCAUUGUCUGAUGACACGAACAAACUGUUCAAUGAUAAGUCAGGCACAAUGGAGAUACUACAAGACACCUCAUUUUCUUCCAUGAAUAAUAGUUCUGACGAAAAAAGAAAUAAGAAGCCCGAACCAUUAAAAAACAAACCACAAGUUCCAAAAAAACCAGCAAGUGUGCAAAUUCUCCACCCUCAAAGUGUCAGAACGGUCAGUCCUGAAUCGGAGUUUAGGGAUAGCAAUACUGUUGACGUGAACGUUAAUAUUGAACAGCCAAUAUACUCAACAGUGACCAAGCCUGAACUACCAUGCUCUCCACCUGUCGAGAAACCUCAAGUUGCUGUUUCGCCUGUGAACCAUUAUGCAGAGAGCAACAUUUAUCAGGAAAUCAGUAAUACAUACGACAUGUCAGAUCUUUCGACAAAUCACAAAUCUGACGUCAGUCGAAACUCUAAGCUCGCUGCUCUGGCUGUGGAACUAGAGCAAGUUAGGUUCAACAGUGUAGCUAAACGCCACGCUCCCCCUCCUCCGAAAAUUCCGGAAAUCUUAAUCAGUACUCAGGAAGGACAAGCAUCUACCAUACUUUCUGCUGGUGAAGAAAAUGAUGAAGAAAGAAUAUCGGUUAAUCUAUCUGCUCAAACGGCCUCAGUUUCUUCUGGAACUCCGAUUAAAAAAAAUGAGCCUUGUAGAAAUAUAUUUUUAACUGAAGGAAAAAUAAAAAGCACCACUUUUACAUCUACGUAUUCUCGUUCAAAAGCUCACAACAAUAACCCGGAAGACUCCACUAAAAGUAAAAAAGGAAAAUUCUCAUUGAAAAAAUUUCUGAAACGAGGGAAAGAUCCUUACUCAGGAGACACCCUUACUGACAAAAGUGACCUAUUAGCACCCAACCCUAAAGCGUGGAAGCAAAAUGAAUUUGACAGAACAAAGCUAAAGUUAGAAAUAAUACAUCCAAUGGAUAUGGUAAACCGAAGCCAAGAAGAAGAAAAAUGGCAAACAUCUCAGAACCUCGAUGUAUGUGUAUCACCACCAGUUGUGUCUGACACAGCUAAGGAUGCUAGCCACCGUGAUGACCAAACAUAUGAUCAAGCAAAUUCUUAUGAAGUUAUUAAUGGACUAAUUCUUGAUUCUACAAGUUGUAGUGUAGAACCUGGGAAGACACCAAGUUUUACCGAUGUACAAAAACCAAGAUCGUCAACAGGGGGCUCCACAGUUAGUACAUCAUCCACUGAAAACAUAACACGUUUAUCACAAGAUUUCUCUUGUGAGGAUAGCCGUCCAGCUAGACCACCUAAGCCCCCUCCGCCACCUCGCUGUCGAUCGUUAAUCCCAAGUCGAAUAAAUAACAUCAGUGCUGUUCUUACUGAUGGAAGAAGAACACCACACCUCAAAGGGUCAGGUCUUAUUUCGGACGAAGAGUCACCUUGCGGUCUUCCUCCAAAGCCCCAGGUACCUCGAAGGCUUUUCCGACCUAGUAUGAAAUCUGAAUAUUCAAAUUUUGGAGACGUACGUUACCUUUCAACGUCCAAAAACUCGGAACGAACUUCACCUUCAGCAACUGAAGGCACGAAGACUCACGAAGAUCGGAAAGGAAGACUGGUACGAGCCAGUAGGGAGGGCGGAAAGUACUUCCAGUCACCACUACCAAAACUAUGGAAGGGAGAGGGAAGCAUUAGUGAACGUACGUAUUAUGAAACAACAGAAGAACACCAGAACAAGGAAGAACAGAAGACAGAAUUUGGUAUCCAGCCAACUGUAGAGGAUAUUCCACAAAAUCAUUCUGACGUCAAUAAAACUGAAAUUAUGGUAAAGACAGUGCCAUUCAGACUUCCAGGUUUGGACACUGGUUCGGAAAUAAAGGUAUCGAAGUCAAAGGACAAGGCUGUAGACGGAGGAUCUCGUCAGACAGUUUCGUGUUCAAACCAGGGCGAAGAUCCCUCCCAACACCCUCUACCAUCCAGUAGUUCAUCAGGACAUCGUGGUAACAAAACCUGGGAAGAUCUGCUUGCUAGUUAUUCAGUUGUAGUAGCUUCGUGUCAGGAAGCUUUAGUCAGACUGCUUGAUCACGCAUUAAAAGCUAGAAGCAAGCUGUUACGAAAACCAGAUGGAAGCGGCUUGAAAUGGAGUGACUUUGUUAUAGAAAACAGUCAGCCAGAUCUUGUGCUCUGCAAUAGAGUAUGCUUUCAUGCUGUCUUUAAAUUCGAUUCAAGGAUUCAGGUGACUCUUGUGGUUUCUCGUCCAGAACAACCCUCUACCCCUAACAGUCAGAGAUUAUACAACUUUCCUAUACUGGAGCAUUUCAAAGACAUCGUACCUGGGAUAUUUCUACCUAUUACUGAAAGCAGCCAAAGCUCUGACCCUGUGCAUGUAUCUACGUUCGUCUUACAGAGAGCAAAAAUGUCUCUUCUUCACUCAGCAAUUACUCCCGAAACCAGUAAAAGUCUUCGUCAACAUUUCGACAUGAACGAAAUAGGUUUCAUAAUGCUACAGUUAAUUCAAAUUUUGAAGAAUUUGCAGGCUGAAGGGAUAGAAAAGUUAGACCCAAAGAGUAAUAAUUUUUUGCUAGCAAAGCCAGAGGGUCAGAAUCAUAGUUUCGUGGUUCUUCUUACACAUCCUUCUCCAGAUGAGGUCGGCUGUCUUGUCAAGUCUGAAUCUGAAGACAACAAGAUCACCCUCUGCCAUUUUGCUUUAAACAAUUUGUUUCUUCUUCUUAGAGUGCAAAAUAUUGAAGAAAUCGAGAAUAUCGUCCAACCAAGCGACACUUCCGCGCAAGCUUUUGCCUCUGUUGCCAGUCUUCUGGGUCAAGAAAAAGCCUUUUCUUUGUCUCAUGCCAAAGCUCUUCUGGAGUACAUGCUGUGGGGUCCAAAGGACACCAGUCAUUAUCUAGAAGACGUUCCUCAGAAAACAGAUGUAUUUUUACAAAGGUGGAUAGACGUGAACAAAGCUCAGACUCUCAAAAGGCUAAGUGCUACUUUCACAAGCCCAAUCAGUAUUUACGAUGAAAACCAUACGUCUUUUCUCAUAAGGACAAGUGUUCGCUCUUUGAAAGAGUUAUCAACUUUGCUGAAAAACGACUCCAAAGCUUGA